ACUCUCCAGCUAGGCUUUGUGGGUAAAGUGCGCUCAGGGUAUCCGCCCAUAUUCGCCAAGAGGAGGCCAGAAACUGAGCAGCGAGGCCGGACGCUGGGACAAAUGGAAAGUUCAAUCUAUUGAUUUGUUGACUUAGUUUGGCGUGUUGUGGUACGAAGCAGACAGGUUUGAUGUGGGCCUUUGGUAGCGGAGCGGGAAAUGCAGACAUCAUCGUGUGAGGCGAGAGGAAGAUCAGCUUGACUCGUUUUGAGACGCGGAACUCCGUUCGUUUAAAGGUUAAUCAUGACAGAAUAUAAGCUGGUUGUGGUGGGAGCUGGUGGCGUUGGCAAGAGCGCACUUACAAUUCAACUUAUCCAGAACCACUUUGUGGAUGAAUAUGACCCCACCAUUGAGGACUCGUACAGAAAGCAAGUGGUGAUAGAUGGAGAGACAUGUCUGUUGGACAUCCUGGACACUGCAGGUCAGGAGGAGUACAGCGCUAUGAGAGAUCAGUAUAUGAGAACAGGGGAGGGAUUCCUCUGUGUUUUUGCCAUCAACAACACCAAGUCCUUUGAGGACAUUCACAACUACAGAGAACAGAUAAAGCGGGUGAAGGACUCUGAGGAUGUCCCCAUGGUGCUGGUGGGUAACAAGUGUGACCUCCCGUCCCGAACAGUGGACACCAAACAGGCUCAGGACUUAGCACGUAGCUACGGCAUUCCCUUCAUUGAGACAUCAGCCAAAACCAGACAGAGAGUGGAAGAUGCCUUUUACACCCUGGUACGGGAGAUCAGGCAGUACCGCCUCAAUAAGCUCUGCAAGGAGGAAAAGACGCCGCGCUGUGUCAAGCUUAAAAAGUGUGUUGUGAUGUGAAAGGGGGAGUGGACGAUGCCUUUUACACGUUAGUUCGAGAAAUCCGCAAGCAUAAGGAGAAGAUGAGCAAGGAGGGCAAAAAAAAGAAAAAGAAGUCCAAGACAAAGUGUACACUCCUGUGAAAAAUCAGUCCUUAUCCAGACAGACUUAAAAAAAGAAACUAUGGUGAACAGAUAAAGUAAAACAUUUUGUACAUUACACUAAAUUAUUAGCCUUUUUCUCAACACCCUCUGUAACCAAUACUAAACUCGACCCACUUUGUUUGCCUUCUUAUUUGCUACUUGGACACCAAUAAGCUUUAUUUUCUGUGCCAGUUGCUCACAUGCAUUUUGGUUUGUUCUGAUUUUGUUGGGUGGUGAUUUUUUUUCUUCUUCCCCAAGUUGUUUGCAAUCUACAUUACAACUCCCGGACACUUUGUUCUGUGACGGUCCUUUGGCUACAGGUUACAUCAUGGCCUGGGAUGCCAAAGAAAAAGUACUCAUCUAGUGUAAAUUACUCUCCAAGGAGAAAUGUUUAUGUAUGCAUGGCAUCCUUCUACUGUUUUUAACAACUUUAAAUAGCUAUUCAUUCAUUCGCCAUUUCUUUGUAUCGUGUGGGGAGCGAUCUCGUCGCAUUCUUUAGUUCUUGUUUUUGUGGCGGCAUGCAUGGUGUCCUGUGUGCGUGUUCAUCAGCUGCCUUGUUGAUGAGGCGGGCAGCGACAGUCCAGUUGAUCGGGUCUUCAGUAAUUCACCUUUGCCUUGUGAGAGCCAAACCCACCAUUGUUAGUAAGACUAGUGCACAUGCUAGUGCACAUCCACACAAGAACACAGCCCUUCCUUUAUACUUAAAUGCUCUUCUCACAACAUGUGAACAUUUUUGUCAUGUUUGUGGCAGUCUAUGAAAUGACAGACCAGACCUAUUCUGUUUGUUUCUGGUUUAGAGAUUAUUUUUAGGGUCGAAUUCCUUCAUGUGUUGCAAUGAUGUAGAAAACUGCCUUUUGGUGUCGAAACGAUUCAGCAGAAUAAUUGACAGUUAAUGUUAUCAUGAGGCACAAUUUGAUUGAUUCAUUUGAUUGGGCGAACUUGAUGCGGCGAUGUACAUUAAUUAUCAAACUGUACUUUUUUUUCUUUCUUAUCAAUAGAGAACGGUUAAAUACACUACACUUUCCAACUCAAGUGUUUUUGCUGGUGAAGUGUGAGUUGUGAACACCAGGGGUCGCCCUCGACAAGAUUUUGAAGAGACGUUUCCUUUACCGACCCUGUGUUUUAAAACGUUUUUAUUCCCAUCCCUAUUGGUGCCAACAGUUGAUUUCCCCCGAAUCACUUAAACCGUGAUCCUAUUUUAACACAAUUUGUAUAGUUGUCAUACUGAAAGGUGCAUAUUUUGUAGGUUGUGCUUCAUUUCAUUAAUGCGUGUUGCAGAAUGUUUCUCAAAUGGGGUGUUCCUAGUGUGUGUGUGUGAGUGUGUGUGUUCAAGGGUUAGGGACGUGAAUGAAAGGCCACUUUGCAAUAGUUCAGUCGUGAUCUGAUCUUAAUUGCAUCUUUUUGUCUUUAUCUUUUUGCCAAGAACCCCACCACUCCUAUUUAAUGUGUAUUAAAGAACAUAAAAAGGAA